CAAAUGGUCGAAUUUAAUUAUUUUUGCCUGGAUUUCAGCAAUACGUAACUUGAGGCAUUUUGUGUGAAGUAAGACUAAGUGGAUAGAUGUGCAAAUUUUUGUAAAAAGUAAAUACAAGUUAAAUAGCAGCGUGGAAUUAGAGUAGCAAUGAAAUUUUUACGUAACUUUGGUUGAUGGUCCACACAUGGUGAUGGAGUAGAGGCUGUCAGCUUAAUUUCAUUUGGGCUGAUUGAGGGUUUAGGAAAUGGAUCAGCCUGACUAAUACGGCAGAAAACUAACAAGAGAUCCGAUCACAUUGAUGGGCCGCUAAAUAGAGGCCCAGGGCAGAAUUCCCAGUGACUAAGAGGGGUGACAAGAAAUUAGGCUGAAGGAGAGAGAAAGGAAUGGCGAAUGAUUGGAGGAAAUCGAUGGGUAAUGUUAGAUCCUUUUUCGGAAACUUAACGGGAGGUUUAAGGGGUGGAAGCAAUUUGGCAUCUUGGGUCGUUGCCGGUACUUUAGCUUACUAUCUAUGGGUCAAACCCUCUCAGGAACUCAACAGACAACAACAGGAAAAGGCGGCUUUGGCUGCUGCAUCAGAUACUUAUCGUUAUGUUGAGAAGCGAAAACCUAUUCCUGAUCCACAGGAAACUGGAUUGAUAUACGGUAACAAGAACAAAACUAAAAGAUCUGAAGAAUAGCUUUGCCGGAAUUCGAUGCCAUUCUGUAAGUUAGCUUGCAUAAUGCUCAGGGAAUUGUAAUCCCUUUGGAGUUACUGCUGCCCAUUGGCGUAUAGGAGCUUAUAUACUUGUACUUCUGAACUCAUUUUUUUUAUGGGGGCAAUAAUUAUCUAUACCUAGAGAAGAAAAUCAUGUAAGCUUUAAGUUUUUGUUGAUAGAAUGUAGCAUUUUUUUUGUUUUCAAGGUGAGAUUCUUGAAUAACGUUAUACUGUUUUCUUCCUUUCAAUGUGAGCUACAUGAACAUUUUUGUUGAAUGUUCAAAGUUUAUAUGUAUUUGUUAACUGGUUACGGCCAGCUUCUAUUCU